AUGCACAGCAGCAAACACGACCAUCACGGAGAACAUCAGCAGCGCAUCAAACACGUACAGGAACGCCUCCGUCGUCAGCAGAUACCCGUCCUGGCCCUGGAGGUACUCGACCACACGGAAAAUGGAUCGGAUCAGGAUGAGCACGCUGCUGCCGUGCAGGGCGAGCAGGUGCUUGCGCCAGGGGAUGUACUCGGCCUGGGACUGCGGUGUCGGGCGUCUGGCGAUCCGGCGCUGGAAGACGACGGCGCUGACGAGGAAGAAUCCGAAGAAGAUGAUCUGCACGAAGAGACCUCCGAUGAUGACGUUGUUGCCUGUACCUACCAUACCAGACGCCUGCAUCAAGAACGACAAGACAUCCCCAGCAACAAAAAUCUUGGUCAUCCAGGUGACCCGCACAAGGGAGUGUUUCUCUCCAUGGACCAGCACAAUGAUCCUCCCCAGCUCCAUGUAGAUGCUGGCCGCGAACAGGGCGGGUGCCACCAGCAGCAGCGUGCUUUGGAGGAUAUACGGGCCAAGGGCCCAAUUGGGCGAUUGAUGCGAGGAGACGGCGCGACCGACGUAGCCAAUUGUCUCGACUAG